AUGGAAGACAUUAUUAUUUCAUUAGAACCUGCUCUUAAUCGAAUUGAACGUUUAAUAUUUUGGAAAAAUCGUUAUGCCACACUAUUAGCAUUCAUUGCUUUGCACAUAAUAUUUUAUUCGAUUGCGCGUGCUGGUUUACGCCCAUUUUGUGCUGUUGUACUCGUCUGUUUAGUAUUUCACAUACUCGAUUGUUUAAAACGCAAACGACAUUUCAAAAAAACCGAUGAUAAUGAAAAAGAAAAACUUUGUGAAUUAACUCGUCUUGUAUUGCGCUCUUAUCGUAGCGUAUGUCAUGCAUAUCAAUCACUAUCAACAUUGAAAACUGAAAAUAAAGCAAAAUAUUCCUUAGUAUUAUUUAUAUUCUGCUUGUUGUUUGCCGGUAUCGGCUUAAAACUUAAUGGAUUUUAUUUUACUUAUAUAACACUGCUUAUAUUGUUUACACUACCAGGUAUUGUCUAUCAUAAACUCGUACAAAAAUUUUUUACACGAAUUAAACCCAUCUUGGAACAAUUAGAUCAGAGUAUGGAGUACAAGAGAAUUUCAUUGAUUGAUCGAAAAGAUUUGUUGGUUAAAGUACCGAAAAAAACUUCUGAAUAUGAUCAGGAUGAUGAAGAUGAUGAAGAAAUGAUGAAAUUAAGAAAGCAGCAUCAACAAAAACGUCGAUCGUUGACAACAAGUGAUGACGACGAAGAGAUAAAUGAAGAAAAUUUAAUUAAAAGUAAUCCAAAUUUAAUUAAUGAUAGUCAAACAAUGUUGGGUUUUCAUCAACGAUAUGUGCCGAGUGAAGAAGAGAGUGAAGAUGCAUUUGUACCUAGUCGCCAAUAUGAUUCAUCAUUUGAAAUGUUGACUGAUUCAUCGUCACCAACAAGCACGGAUGAUGAUAAUAUUGCAUUGAUUAAUAAAUACGCAUUUGACGGUGAUCAGAUUGAUGGAAAACAUAGAAUUAAAAUCAAAGGUGACGAGUUGAAAAUUAGAGGAAAGUUAAAUAAACAACGACCAAAACUACUUGAUGCAAAAUUUUUUCAAACUACAACAACAAAUCCGAAUUAUAGCAGUGAAGAUUAUAAACAACAGUCAUCACUUGUGAAUUGUAGUACAGUCACUUCAGCGGUUGUCGGUGGUGAACCUGAUUUGAGUUCGUUUGAUUUUUUAAACGAUUACAAAGAAGAAUAA